AUGGUGGGCAAUGGAAGGUUGGAAACCAAAUGUGAAAUUUACAUUCAAAAUAUCAGGAAAGAAGAUGUUAGAAUAACGCUAUGGGGAGACACUGCACGAGCGUUUGAUUUCCAAGCUUUGGAAGAGUUGGCACCACCAAUAAUCACUGUUUUCACAAGUCUUAAAGUCAAACAAUUCCAAGAUGCUAUUAAAAUGGUCCCUCCUUCUUCGAUUCAACCGAUCAAGCCUGAGGAAUUAGAAAAUGCUAAAAAGCUAUUUGUACAAGAGUUGAAUGUUCUUGAUCCGGAUUUAUGCAAGGAUGCUUUUAUUUUAUGUAGAGCAGCCAUUACGCGUUUUAAUACGCGUAGUGGAUGGUGGUAUAAGGCAUGCCCAUCCUGCUUCAAACAACUUAGAUCCAUUGCCCACAAUGAUGAACUUCUGUGUCCUAAACACAACAAUCAAAUUCCUCUCCCUUGGUUUAAAGUUGGUUUGGUUCUUGAGGAUUCAACUGAUGAAACAAAUGCUAUGAUCAUUGGAAAAGCAGCAGAGCAAUUGUUUGGAAUUUCUUGCAAUAAAUUGGUUAUUCAACAAGGUUAUACUGACCAGCAAGAGUUUCCACAUGCAAUUCUACAGACAAGAGGCCAAUUUAAAAUUUUUCAACUUCGGUUUGGCAACAUAAAAACUGAUUCAAACAGAAAUGAUUUGCUUAUUCAAGCUGUGUUUGAUGAGAAGGUACAACUUCUUGAAUCAGGAUCAGAAGCCAACUUUGUUGAACAUCAGAAAAAAAAUAUUGCUGCCCAAAUGCUUCCGCCCACUCCCCCACUUCUUUCAAAGAAAACACCGCCUGUAUCUCUCGCUGUCUCAUCCAAUCCUUCUUCAGUGGAGCCCAUUUCAAAUUCGAAAAAGAAACGUAAACUUCAAGUGAAAAGAGCUCUUCUUACCUCUUUAACAAGUAAAAAACUGAAAAGUGAUGUUGAAGCUGAAAACAAAUCUGAGAAAACUGUUGCUGUGCAAACCAGAGAAGAAAAUGUGUCAGCUUCUGACAAUUUACCAAUUAUCGAUUUGAAGAAGAAAACAGUCCAAGGCAGUUCCGAAACCACCUCUCCUACUCCCACAUCAGAGUUUGUGCUCUUUCCUUUUCAAUUCAUUCAUCUCACUGAUACACACAUUACACACAAAAGCUAA